AUGGCAUACAACUUGUGUUGUUAUAACGUGUUACAACAAGGAAACUCAUGGCUGGCCACCCGCAAUCCGAGGGGGCAGGCAGGCAGGCAGUUCUUGUCUCCUCCUGGUAUGCUGGGUAACUGUCCCCUCAGGAUGAGAACCUUGUAUCGAGGUGCCCUAUCAAGGAGGUUGCCGGUACUACCCCCCUCCGGAGGGCUCGGGCGGUUGCGGUUCCAGUCAACUGGGUCCUUCCUCAAGGCUGACGGAUAUGCCUGCAACACUCCGAUGGCAGAGCCCUCACUUCCCGAGGACUUGAGUGGGUAUAUUCACGGCAGGCGUAAACCAACGGUAAUAACCACAUCUGGGCUGCAGCGCCAGAUGCAACCUCAGUCCGGAUUAACAGAGGCAGCACCCGCUGUAGGGACAGCACCAGCUGCAGCUUCCCAGGCCCCGUCGCCGCCGCAGCCUUCCCUGCUGCCGCCCUCGCUGCCGCACGUCCAUUCUCAGGGCCUCCUACAGCCCCUGAGGGCCCUAAUGCCGCUGCCGUCCUUGCCUCUGCCCGGCCAGAGCCAGGGCCAGGCCGCAAUCAUGCAGCUGCCGAUGCCACCGCAACCGCCGCAACCGCCCUCCCUGGAGGCCGCUCAGGUUAACAACGGAACGGGGCCACCUUGUUCGCUGCCCGUCGCCUCCUCCAUCCCGUUGCCCGGACCUGUCCCGCACCCGGGCGGCGGCCAGGCGGGGCGGGGGCCCCGCAGCCUGGUCAUGUCCGCAACCUGCGCCUCUCAGUCGCCGGGGGAGCACACGGAUUCGGCGCAGGGGGCCGUACCGCAAUCGAAUGGCGGCAUCAGCGCCGGUCUCCUGCCCGGGAUGCCUCCUGGACCGAACACCUUCACCUGCCCGCAAGCUCCAACGAUGAUGCCUGCUGCCGCGGCGGCAGCGGCGGUGGCCACGAUGGCGGCCGCGCUGCAGCUGCCGCGGCCGCUCCUUUUGCGCCGCCCUGUACCUGCCGCACCGCCGCCUCCACCGCUGCCGGGGGCGACAGCGCCGGGGCUGGUGAGCAGCAUCGGCGGUGGCGGCGGCGCUUUGCCUUCUGGGUCGCGCUCUCGCGACUACCCGCAGCCUCAGCCCCCUCCGCAGCCGCAACGGUCAGGUGGCUCCACCACGGAGCUUAGUGUGGAGGUCAGCAGCGGAACAUGUACGGGAACGGGAGGCAGGGGCGCCGGGGGAAGCGCGCUCGUCGCGGAAAGCGCUGGCGGCAGCUGCAGACGGUACGGCAGGACGGCAACCGGUGUCGGCGACUUGAGCGACGGCGGCGGCUGCGUCAGUGCAGAGCGGGGCGACAAGCGGAAGCGGACGGCGACGGCGGGUCCCGGGGCGGUGGGCGGCGCUGCGGACCCGAGCGAGGGGGCCCGCAGGGGCCUUGGCGGUGUUCCUAGGGGGAGGUGCGCACUGGACGGUCGGGGGCAGCAGGGGGCCCAGCGGCAGCUGCAGCUGCAGGAGGCGGGGGGGCAGGAGGGCGCCCAGCAAUCCGACGGGGGCUCGGAGACCCCCAGCACAUAUCCGCCAGCCGGAAGGAACACGUCAGAGGGGACCCCGAGAGGUUCGCGGGAGACUGCACCUGGAUGUCGUACGUACGACAGUGCGCAUGAGAUUGGGUACGGCAGCGGAGGUGAUGGUCGUACUGAUGACCGUAUGGAUGUGGACGAGCGUGUGGGAGUUUCACGGCAGCGUAUUCAGGGGGAUCGGAGGUCACAGCGCCGUCCGCCGCCGCCGCCAGCAGCGGAUGACCGCGGCGUCGCCGCCGCCGGCAUGUACAAUAUGGGGUACGGCUAUGAUGAUGACGACGAUGGUUCUGAAACCCCGUCAACCACGCUGCAGCUAAGACUGCUACCGCUCCUGGCAUGUGUCAGGUUCCCGGGGGUCUGGCGACCGCAGUCUUACCUGGCGGGGCCAUGCAGCAGCGAGGAGGAGGAGACGGAGGAGGUGAAGCUGCAGGUGGUGGUGGUGGUGGCGAUGGAGCUGAUGGAGCGGCUGUUGCUGGACCUGCAGCUGCUGGUCAAUGUGCCGCGCACGUUGAGGGAGAAGCUGCAGCUGGACAUCCCGCGGCAGUCGCUGUCGUGUGCAAGUUCUACUCUUGGUACACUCUUGCCCUGGCAGCAGCUUCACUCGUUCGUGGUGCUACUGCGAGUGCCCCCCGAGCGCCUGCCCAGACCCGGAGCCUUCCCGCCGCCACCUCUGGCUCCGAGGGACCCAGUGGCCCCCGCCGGGGGAGCUACUGCCGGUGCGGCGCCAGGGGAGGCUGCAGCCGCAGCUGGCGGUGGCAGCGGUGCCGCUGUUGUUCGUCCCGCUGCCUCCAAGCUGUACACCAUGAUGGACGGGGACGGACCGGCGCCCUCCGAACAGCCCACGGUGGUGCAGCAGCUGCGACAUAGCAGGGAGCGGGAGGGAGAGCUGGGGGAGAGGAGGGGGACCGGGACCAGCAGGCCCGUGCCUGCCGGCGCCGGCGGGUUACUGGCUGGGCAGCUUCAUCACCACCUUCCUGCGCCUCCGCUGCCCCAAGAUGUGCCGCUUCCCCCCGGGGACCCCCGGCCCACGGGACGAGGUGCGCCACCGCCUCAGCCACCACAUGCCCCGGCCGCUGUUGAGGACGUCACCUCCGCCGCGGUGGCGGCAGCAGCCGCAGCGCCGCCGCAACCGCAACCGCCGAGCCACGGCCAGCAGCAGCAGCAGGCGGGUUCUAACGUAGGCGGUCCCUAUGGCGCGUUUGCUGCUGUUCCCGCCUCCCACAGCCCUGGUUUCGGAGCGGGGGGCAGCCGCUUUCGGCCCUUGGCGCCGCCGCCGCCGCCGUCAUUGCCUGUAUCGCAGUUUCCUGGUACGCCCUCUCCGCCCUCCGCCGUGGACCCUAUGUCCUGGGUGCCCUGGCCACCCUUGGCGCCGCCACAGCCGCCGCCACCACCAUUACCGUCAUCAGCUCCCGCAGUUGCAGUACCCGCAGCAGCCGGAGCAUCAGCAGCUGCGGCGGCAGCGGCGGCGCUAUCGCUGCAGCCGCAACAGCACCAGUCGCCCCUGUCCACUGCUCCGGCCCUGCCAACGUUGCAACUGCCACUGCCGGGCACCUCCAUGCCGCCGCCGCCGCCCUCUGUUACGGCUACGGCUAAUGCUGCUGGUACAGGUGGCGGUGGCGGUGGCGGUGGUUUUGGGUUUGUCCGACCCCCGGAUCAUGUUGGUCAAGUAGGGCUGAUGUUGCCUCCCCCGCCUGGGCAGCUGCUGCUGUCGCCGCCGUACCGCCCGUCGGGACCGGGAUUUGGCGGGACCCGGACGGGAGGAGCGACGGCAGCGCCCGGUGGAUGUGGUGGCUUCGGCGCCAUGCCGCCGCCGCUGCCGCCGCUAUUCGCAUCCCGGCUCGGGAUGCCGCCUCUGCCGGCUCCAGGACCACCUAUUACCGUACAGUCUUAUGCCGGCAUGCCUGCCGUACAAAUGGACCCUCACGAGGCCUGGUUUGCAAAGCACGUGGCGGGGGCGGCGGCUGCUGGUACGGCAGCGGCGGCGCAGGUAGGGGCGCUGCCGCCGGGGGUCGCUCAGGUUGCGACGCAAGGGCAGCAGCAGCAGCAGCUUCAGGACGACGAGCAGCUUUCCGGUAAGGGCAACGAUACUAACGGUAACGGUAAGGAAAACGGUUUGGAGGUUGCCGCCGUGGCUGAUGCCGCUCCUGCUGGUGAGGCUGCUGGUGGUGGUGUUGGCGUUACAACCGGGGGCCCCAUUACAUGUACUGCGGGAGCGGCAGCAGAACCGCCUGAGUUGCCUCAGCAGCAGCCGCAACAGCCUCCCGAGGUGGCGGUGGAGUUGUGUGCGGCUGAUGUGGGUGGCGAGGGAGGGCAGCGCACUCCGGGACUCGGCCUUGGUGCUGCUCCCUCUCCCGCUCCCGGCCCCGCUCCCCCCCCGAGUACGGUUUGCGGCCCCGCUGGGGCCCCCUGCCCGCCCGCCCCACUGGGCCCCGUGAGCCGGUGGUGGCGGGAUCCCAACAGCGCCUUCGGAGAGCUGGGGCUGGUGGACCCGCAGGCGCUGGGCAACUCACCCGUAUUGGAUGCGGAGGCCGAGGUGGAGGCGGAGGAGGCGGAGGCGGCGGGGGAAGAGGGCAGGACUGCGGGCCCACCGGGGCCACUGACGGGAUCCGGACAGCCGCUCAGUGCCGCCGCUGCCGCCGGGGGCAUGCUUGGUCUGCCUCUCCCGCCCCUGAAGAAGCGUGGCAAGAUGCUGGCGGCGGCGGCGGCGAACACCAGCGGCCCGCCGCUGCUGGCGGCGGCGGCGCUGGCGGCGGCAGACCCCGCCACGGCGGCGGCUGUCGCUGCACUGCUCGCCUCCGCCAACCUGGGUCCCCCUCCGCUACAACAACUGCCACCCGGCGGCGGCGGCGGCACUGUUGGCGGCGGCGGUGGCGGACACCUUUCACCGUUUCAGCUCCCGCUCCCGCUGCAACUACCCGGAUUCCCGGGGGGGCAGGGAUUGGCACUGCCGCUGCCGCACCCAGCCGCCGGCGCCGGUGCUGGCCCCGUGGGCCCUACUGCCGGCCCCCAUCAUACGGCGGCUGCGGCGGCGGCGGCGGCCCGCCAGCACCAGCAGGCGGUGCUGUUAGCUACCACCCGCUUGCUGCAGUCCUCGGCGUUCAAGCCCGUCGCGCCACGUCAGCAGCACAGCAACCGAGGAAGCAACCGCCUAACCGCCACACAUACGGCAACGGAGUCCAUGGCGAGUGGCUUCUCGGGAGGGGGGACGGCGGGCGGUGCGGGCAGUCACUGGGCCGGGGUGGUGGUGGGGGCGGGGGCAGGUCGUCGGGCCGCCGCCGCCGCCGCCGCCGCGGGCAGUCGUCCGGAGCAGUCUGAGAACGGCGGCAGCCGCGCCGAUGGUAAUGACAGUGCCCGCGGCGCCAACCACUGGACGAGCAUCAACGGUGGUACGGCAGCCAGGUCUGGAGUGGCGGGGGGCCGACCGGGGGUUGCGUCGCGGAGGGUACAGCCAGGUUGGCGGCUCAUGAGCAGGCGAGGAAGUUUGCAGGUAUAUCCUGACUGUUGCAAACUGUACGAUAUCUCCUCAAGAGUGCCCUCUCAGAACUGA